AUGGAGAGGGCGUAUUCCGUGGAGGAGAUCUCCAAUCACAUCUGGCCUUCGUCGUCGCCGUCGUCGUCCCCGCACGCCGCCGGGGGCGGCAAGGAACAGAAAAUGAUGAACCGGAGCCCCUCAGAGUGGGCCUUCCAGAUGUUCCUCCAGGAGGCCGUCCCCGGCGGCGCUUCGCCGGCGGCCGUAUCCAAUGCCGAUGAUCACCAUCACGUUUCUGAGGCCGCAGCGGAUAAUGCCGAUGCCAAACCUUUGGCGUCCUUGGGAUCUCGACGAGACGAGAACGAUGAGAUGGCGGAGAUCAAGGUGGCGCCUGUGGCCCCGCCGAAGGUCUCCCGGGUGUCCGGUGGUCGGCUUUCGAGCAUCCCCGAGGACACCGACCAGUACCACGAGUAUCUCAAACAGCAGCUCGAUCUCGCCUGCGCUGCAGCUGCGGUCGUCCUUUCUCGGGUACCGCAGAAACCCUUUCGUUCUUCGAAACGUCUGAUUUCCAGUCCUAUAUCCCUGGAUUAAUUCGCGUUCAGAUAACAAAGAUCGCAAAACUGGUGUUAUGUGGCAUGUAUGGCAAACUUCUCGUGUUUACAUAGGGGUACCUGUUUUCUUUAUCGUCUCAUGGUCUCAUCAGGGUGUGGAGAACGAGGUCGAUUAUCUCAUUCCAAGGUUUCCUCAGGAGUGUCAACCUUUGUCUGGCUCGGACCCCUCGGGAGAUUAUUUUUCUCCUCCUGGCAUAUUUAAACGGGGGCUCUUGCUCCCCCAAAAUCAUCAUUCGCGUAGCAGCAUAGAGAGUGUUUUCUAAGCGGAUGCCUUCGUAAUCCUUUGUCCAAGGUUCAUGCAGAGUUUAGAGAAGCCAUCUUGAUCUGUAUUCCCUUAGACGUCUGAUUAAGCUUGGAGAGAAAUUUUUAAAGAACAUUUUCUUCGAAGAAAUGCCAUCACCCUUAAUGGAGUUUCAUUUCAAUUAAAGGCCAUCUCCUACGUCAAUGUGCUGCCGUCCAUGUACAGUUUCUAAUCAACGUUGAUUGAAGUGACCCAGAUGGGCUCACACAGGGAUGAUCAUAUGCAAAUAUAUCCAUUUCAGCUCAUCAUAUCUUAUAGUGGGUCUAUGCUCUUCUUACGAACCAGUUUCCUCUAUGCUGAAUUUCUGGGUUUUGGUCCCUGCAGACAUCUGGUACAAAAUCUCAGGAAUCAGCUUCCUUUUCUGGGCCCACUUCCUGGGUACCCGAUGGCUCUCACAUGGGGGCUCAAGCUCCUCAUAAAGGUAUGUGUUCCUUGGCUGGAGCCUUUGAUCUGCCGCAAAGUUGCAUGUCAGAGGGAUGAUUAAAUUACUGGGGUCUACUGGGAGUGGUUGGCCUCCCUAAAGAGGUCAAGAAAACUCUGUUCAUAGAUGGAACAUUGGAGGUUCUCAUUGGUUUUCUUCAGCUAACGUCUACUUCACACUUCAAUGGUUUUUGUAGGGAACUUCCUAUGAAUUCUUUAUUAUGAAUAAACGGCACUUCAGCAAAAGACCACAUGCUCAUAAGAAAUCUAGGCCUACAUAAAUGGUCGUUAGCAUUUGAUCAUUUUCUGAGCUUUAUAUACCUCUGAUCUGUGUUAUUAGGCCCAUCCUUUUAUCAAUAAAAUGAGACUUUGCAUUUGGUUCUGAAAUUCCCUAAGUGGUGUAAGUUUGGGAAGGUACAUAUUAUGAUGGAACUGUAUUGGCUCCAUCACUGUAUGCCAAAAGUUUUGCCAUUUGGAGAAGAAAAUGCCUAUGGAUUUUCUCGAUAAUCAUUUUGUUAUAUUUCAGAACCUAAAUCAUAUGAUUGAAAAAAUAGAAUAAUGAUUUCAGAGUAUCCUUUGUGUUCUGAAACAUUAUAUUUUGCCUUAUUUAUCAUUGCUGUUUGUCUAUUAUUGCAUUGGCCAUCAAUUUCGUCGGCUCAGCCUUUUCUUUUCCUAGUGUUCACGUCUGAAAAGGGGGCAAAAUCCCUUUUAUUCUUACUAAAAAAGGCAUUAAUCUAUGAAGUGUUUCACAACACGGAAAAUGCCGCAUGAAUUUUAAUUCUAACAAAUAAUGUCUCACCUGAAAAGGAGAUCUUUCUAGUGUUCAGUCCCAAUGCCCUGAAUUGCAGAAGAUACCUUCAUUCUGGUUCAUCAGUCCUCGACUACCGCCAGCUUAUAUCCUCAAAUUAUGACGAAUGUGCAUCAUAGCACUUCUUGCAUUCGAUAUUUUGAUCGUGCUCUGUCGUUCAUGCUCGUCUGAUUAAUCCAGAGUUUGAGAAAUGAAAUCAAGUUUUCAGUUUAUUUUCUAAAGCUAAUGACCGUGGACAGGAUCUAGUUCGAGGCCUAAUGAGCCCAAGGGUGAUGGGCACAACGCCAUUCCUGCUUUACCAGCUAUGCAGAGCACAGCGGCUCAACCCAGAGCAUCCACGAGCUGUUCAUCCAGAGAGAUAUCUGAUGACGAUGAGAUCGAUGGGGAAACGGUGAUGAUGGAUAACAUGGACCCCGCUGACGCAAAACGUGUCAGGAGGUAAAUAACUUUGGCUACCCAACAGUCCACCCUGAGCUUUCAGGGAGCUUCCUCUGGUUGUACUCCUUUGAGGACUUCACAUCCUGUGGAUACUGAAGAAGGCGAUUGCUAAAUUAAUGUAGUACAUUGCCUUCUGAUACAGAUUUAAUGCCCAGUAGAUAAAUUCUUAUGAUAACAUUCUAGAAAUGGCUAAUGUAUAACCUCUAGAUUCCAAGAAUCUGGGAAUGGAGAUAAUGCUCAAGAUAUGAUCUUUGCCCAGGAUGCUGUCCAACCGGGAGUCCGCCAGGCGGUCUAGAAAGCGGAAGCAGGCGCACCUCGGCGAGCUUGAGGCACAGGUUUCGCCCCUCCCUUCCGUUUGGGUCGCCGGGGCAUCACGGGAUUCAAGUUUUGUUAUUUACCAUCUUUAGAACUUUACUGAACAGGUCUCUCAACUGCGGGCCGAAAAUUCCUCGCUGUUGAAGCGCUUCGCCGAGAUUAACCAGAAGUUCAGUGAAGCCGCUGUGAAUAAUAGGAUUCUGAAGGCGGACGUGGAGACGAUGAGGGCCAAGGUGGGUGAGAUCCCCUGUAUGUGAGUGAGAUUCGCAUGCAGUUGCAGAGAUCUCGUCUGACCUUCUCUGGUCCUUGAAACCCUUCCAGGUGAAGAUGGCGGAGGAGGCCGUGAAGAGAGUGAGGGGCUGGAAGGGCGCCUAUCCCAACAUGCCGGACGUAGCUGCCGCCGUCGGAGCGCCGUUCUCCGACAACUCCGCCGAGCACCGAGAUGCAGCAUCUCCCGUUCACGACGGCCCGAAAGCUCUCGUCAUCCAGCAGCAGCAGCGGCGGCCUCACUGCCAGGGCGGCGCCGGCCAGGCCACCGGCGCCGCCGCCGCCGGUGGCGGAAAGACGGCCCGGCCGGUCUCCGUCCGAAGGGUUCCCAGCCUGGAGCACCUUCAGAAGAUGAUCCACGGCCAGCCAGCCCCCUCCGGUGACUCCGACGGUGCUUAG